AUGGCUGAGAAUUUUGGUCUCGGAUCGGAUUUUCAUAAUUUUUCACAGAUAAGUAGACUCAAUAAUUUUUAUAUUAACGAACAUUCAUUUAUGUAUACCUUCAAAUGGCUGCUCGGGCUUAGAGGGAUAAGCCCACUUAUAUGUCUUGUAGGCUGCUGCAUAUGUGUAACUAAAUAUACUCCCAAAUGGCAGCCAGCUAUAUAUUUUGCUUGUGGCUUUUUCUUUCGAAAAUGUUUUAAAAGAGUUAAGAGAAGAAACCGUGAUUCAGACGAACUAGGGCUCAGUGAUAGCAAUCUGGAGUCAGAAGAAGAGUCCGAUGAUGAAGGGAUUGAUAUUGACUCUACACCUUUGAAUGAGUUACCUGGACCAGUUAAGAUGACGCUUAUUGUCCGUCAGGACUUGAAAAUGGGUAAAGGAAAGGUAGCUGCGCAAUGUCUGCACGCCACCUUAGCCUUAUAUAAGAAAAUCACAAAUCCUAAUAGUGAAGCUUACAAUCCUGUAAUGGCAAGAAGAUGGGAAGAGGGGAAUGGACAAGCUAAAAUAACUUUACAAGUUCCAAAUCAAGAAGAGAUGGACACAUUAUUUGCUCAAGCAAUAUCGUUAGGAAUUAAUUCAUACAUCGUUCAUGACGCUGGUAGAACCCAAAUUGCAGCUGGAAGUGCAACAGUCUUAGGACUAGGACCUGCCCCUAAUGUGGCUAUAGAUCAGAUUACUAAAGAUUUAAAGCUUUAUUGA